CUGACAUUUGGAAGAGGAGGGGCACCUGGGCCGGUAUAUAAAGGGGGGACGAAGAGCGAGGAGGCAUCAGUUCUUCAGGAGACUUGGAACCAUGAGGACCUUCGUGUGCGUGCUGGUGGUGCUCGGCGCGGUGUCGGCCCAGGAACCCACCGACCCCACCGCAGCUGUGGACGUCAACACAGUCGCCGUUGACGUCGGUGCCACCGCCACUGCCGACGCCGGGGGCGCCGCUGCCACCGGUGCCUCCGCCACCGCUGCAGGAGGCCUCGCUAACCGUGGCACCCUUGGCCUCAAAUUCGGCCCUGCCUUCUACGGCCCCGGACUCAAGAACCCCACCGCCAUCCCGCCCAACCAGAACGUGGUGACCAUCCUGCAGAACUACCUCAAGUCCUCCGGCAACGCCGACCUGCGCGUGUUCGUGGAUGUGGACGGCGCCAUGCACUUCACCAACCAGUUCGGCCAGGAGACUGAGGUUCUGGACCCCACUGUCAACGAGUUCCUGGAGCUGGGCGCUGACCCCUUCGAGAUGCAGGAGCGCCUUACCGAACUCCGCCAGCAGUCCCUCGACCAAGCCAUCCUGCGCUGCGAGACUGAGAUGAGGCAGAGGUACUUCGCCGACCCCGCCUCCUUCACCCCCGCUCUCCUCAAGGGCAUCAACAUUCCUGCCACUGCCGGUGCUGGUGGUGGCGCUGCUGCUGUGGGUGCUGGUGCCCGUGCUGUUGUGGCGUAAGGAACACAGCACUUCCCAUCACUCCCCAUCACUUCCCAUCCAUUACCUAGUUAAUUUUCUCUGAUCCUUUUCUCUCCUCCAGUUCCUCGCUUCCUGUGGCUAGCACGUAUACUAUUAUAAGCAACAUGUGCCUUCCCUUGUACUUAACUAAGGCUCAUGUGUUCCUGCAGUAUUUGUAACUUAUUCCAAUAAAUGAUAUUCGUAUU